AUGGAAGUAAUAAGAACAAAAAGAAGAGCUGAUGUAGAAAUUGGUGAUGAAGGAGAAGACUUGGUUCUGGCAACUCUUGUUGCCAAUGGAGAUGACAUUAGUCCUCUUGUGAGGCAUGCCUUCGAAAUGGGGCGCCCCAUGGGGCUCCUUCGCCAACUGGAUUUUGUGGUGAAGAAAAAGGAAGCUGAAAUUGAGGCAAUGUGCAAGACACAUUACGAGGAAUUCAUCCUUGCAGUUGAUGAACUUCGUGGUGUGUUGGUUGAUGCUGAAGAGCUCAAGAGUGAACUCCAAAGUGACAAUUUCAAGUUGCAGCAGGUUGGCAGCACCCUUCUUAUCAAGCUUGAGGAGCUUUUUGUGUCAUAUACAGUGAAGAAGAACGUGACAGAAGCUAUAAAAAUGUCGAAGAACUGUAUGAAAGUGUUGGAGCUGUGUGUGAAGUGCAACAAUCAUAUUUCUGAAGGGGAGUUUUACCCUGCGUUGAAAACUGUUGAUUUGCUUGAGAAAACUUACAUAGAGAACAUUCCUGCCAAGGCCCUCAAAAGGGUGAUAGAGAAGAGAAUUCCUUCCAUAAAAUCACACAUAGAGAAGAAAGUAUGCAGCCAGGUUAAUGAAUGGAUGGUGCAGAUACGAAGUUCUUGUAAAAUAAUCGGGCAAACGGCAAUUGGUCGUGCUGCAUCGAAUCGCCAGAGGGAUGAGGAAAUGCUGGAGAGGAAGAGAAAGUCUGACGGAUUGAACAUUUCAGGAGGUGAGGAUCGAGCUUAUAGUUUGGUGGUUGAAGAAGAUGAAGAUUCUGCCAUGAAAUUUGAUCUCACACCCUUAUAUCGUGCUUGUCAUAUUCAUAGUUGCCUUGGGAUUCUAGAGCAGUUUCAUGAAUAUUACUACAAGAAUAGAUUGUUACAACUGAAUUCGGAUUUGGAGAUAUCUUCAAUGCAACCUUUUAUCGAGUAUUAUCAGACAUUUUUGGCUCAAAUUGCUGGGUACUUCAUAGUGGAGGAUAGGGUCCUGAGGACAGGUAAUGGACUCCUAGAACCUGAUCAGGUUGAAACUAUGUGGGAAACUGCUUUGGCAAAGAUAACAUCAAUGUUAGAAGUGCACUUACCCCAGAUGAAAUCUGCCACACAUCUUCUCCUGGUUAAGGAUUAUGUUGCACUUCUUGGUUCUACUCUUAGACAAUACGGAUAUGACAUUGGCCAACUCCAUGAUGUGCUUGACAACACCCGUGACAAAUACCACAGGCUUCUUUUGGAAGAAUGUAGGAACCAAAUCGUUGAUGUUCUUGGCAGUGACACAUACGAGCAGAUGGUGAUAAAAAAGGAUUCUGAUUAUGAGAACCAUGUUCUGUCAUAUAAUCUUCAAACAUCAGAAAUCAUGCCUGCUUUUCCAUAUGUUGCAUCAUUCUCCUCCAUGGUACCUGAUGCUUGUCGCAUUGUGAGAGCCUUCAUCAAAGGCUCUGUUGAUUACUUGUCCUAUGGUGUACGCAGCGGUUUGUUUGAUGUUGUGAGGAAGUAUUUGGACAAGUUUUUGAUUGAAGUGUUGAAUGAAUCUUUGCUUGACAUCAUCAACAGUUCAAGCAUCAGUGUUUCUCAGGCCAUGCAGCUUGCAGCAAACAUAACUGUUCUUGAAAGAGCUUGUGAUUUUUUCCUUCGUCAUGCUGCUCACCAGUGCUGCAUACCCGUUAGAGCAGCUGAGAAGCCUCAAGGUUCUUUGACUGCUAAGGUAUUGCUGAAAACUUCAAGGGAUGCAGCUUAUAUUGCUCUGCUGAGUUUGGUAAACGCAAAGUUAGAUGAGUAUAUGAAUCUUAUAGAUGGUAUCAACUGGACUACAGAGGAGACAAAGACAACUGGUAAUGAAUACAUGAAUGAAGUGAUAUUUUACCUAGAUUCACUAAUGUCCACAGCACAACAAAUUUUACCCUUGGAUGCUACCUAUAAGGUUGGAACCAGCACACUUGAGCAUAUUUCCAACACAAUUGUGGGAGCAUUUCUUAGUGAUAAUUUGAAAAGGUUUAAUGCAAAUGCAGUUAUGAACAUCAACAUUGAUCUUAAGAUGUUGGAGAGUUUUGCAGAUGACAGGUUUUAUUCUUCUGGUUUGUGUGAAGUUUAUCCAGGAGGUGGUUUCAAGGGCUGUCUGAUAGAAGCACGACAGUUGAUCAAUCUUCUGUCAAGUAGCCAGCCAGAGAAUUUCAUGAAUCCUGUGAUAAGGGAGAGAAAUUACUAUGCUCUUGAUUACAAAAGGGUAGCAUACAUUUGUGAAAAGUUCAAGGAUUCUGCAGAUGGAAUCUUUGGAAGUCUUUCAAAUAAGAACACAAAGCAAACUGCUAAGAAGAAAUCAAUGGAAGUUCUCAAAAAGAGACUAAAGGAUUUCAAUUGACUAGGCUUGGGAUAUUAUUCUUUCAUUUCUACUAGGGUAUAAUUGUAGUGUUCUUCGGCUAUGGAUGUUUAACUUUCAGUUGAAUAGUGUUCUGUAUUGCUCUGAUUUUUUUUUUUUUCAUGUAAUAAAAAAUCAUUUCAGUCUUU